AUGCUAUUUAGGAUAAGAUUUCAAAUUCUUCGUAACCCUAGAUUGCGACAAUCGUCAUCUGUAAUGCAACGAAGGUUAUUCAACUCGAAUUUGAAUUUGAUAAAACGUCAAUCAACGUCACCAAUAGGAUCGGAAACGAACCUGGUUCCGAUGGAAUCGAUCGACAACAAUGUAGGUCAAUCAUUGACGACGAUAUGGACGGAUCAAGAAUUAAAGACCCUUUUUGAUGCUUUCUUUAAACAUGGUGAAAAUUGGAGACUUAUUUCUAAAGAGUACUUUCAGCAUCGUCGAAAGCUUUUGUCAAUAAAAAACAAAUGGAAACUUUAUGGGACCGAAGAAGGUGUAAAGUUGCUUGAAGGUUCUAAACAUGGUAAAUAUUGGAAGUUGAUGUUUAAGAAAUAUUUUCAAGCAAAUCAAACUUGGAAUGGUUUUGUGAAUUGGACUAAAGAGGAGGAGAGGAUACUUAAAGAUGAUGUUUCAAAACAUGGAGAUGAUUGGGAGUUUAUCUUUAAAGAGUACUUUGAAAAACCUCGGGAAUUAGAAAGUAAAUGUAAUUCUCAUUUGUCUUUGCCUUGGGCAAAGAAUGAAAUAAAAUUACUUGAAGAUUCUGUCUCUAAACAUGGUAAAGAUUGGAAGUUCAUAUCCAAAGAAUACUUUCAAGAAAGUCGAACACCUUUGGGAUUAUGCAAUAAAUGGAAACGUACUAAUAUUUGGACCAAAGUGGAACAAGUUAAACUCGAAGAUGCCGUUUUAAAACAUGGAAAAGAUUGGGAAUUUAUUUCCAAAGAGUACUUUGAAACGAAACAUUCAACUCGAAAACUAAAAAGCAAAUGGAAAUCUUUUUUUAAGGGUAGGACACUUGGAGAUGCCGUCAAGGAAUACUUUCCAGUAAGUCGAACACCUUCGUCAUUAAAACAUAGAUGGGAACGUUCUAUUAAUUAUUUGACCGAAGAAGAAGUAAGGAUACUUCAAGAUGCGGUUUCAAAACACGGAAAAGAUUGGGAAUACAUUUCCAAAGAAUACUUUCAAACGAUUAAGACACCUAGGCUAUUAGAAAAUAAGUGGAACAAUCAUUGGACGGAUGAUGAAGUAAGGAAACUUGGAGAUGCUGUCGCCAAACAUGGCGAAUGUUGGAAUUUAAUAUCAAAGAAAUACUUUGAAGCAAGUCGAACAAUUUCGUCAAUAAAUCAUAAGUGGGUACGUUCUAUUAAAAAUUUGACUGAAGAAGAAGUAAGGAUACUUAUUUAUGCGAUUAAAAAACAUGGAGAGGAUUGGGAAUUUAUUUCUAAAGAGUAUUUUCAAAUGGAUCGGACACCUCGGGAAAUUUCUAAAGAGUAUUUUCAAAUGAAUCGGUCACCUCGGGAAUUAGAAGUCAAAUGGAAAACUCUUCUUAAGCGUUGGACGGAGAAAGAAAUAAGGAAACUUAGAGAUGCCGUAUCUAAGCAUGGUAAAGAUUGGCAGUUAAUAUCCAAGGAAUAUUUUCAAGCAAAUCGAACAGUUUCGUCAUUAGAAGAUAAACAUAGUAGAAGUGAAGAAGGUAACAUGCGAUUUGAUAUGAUCAAAGAGCAUGGCACUGACCAGGAAAAAAUCUUUGAUUUGAAAACAAACAUAGAGAAUCAAGAAAUUUAUGAUACAAAAUCAACAAACGAUAACUAUACAAAUAUGAGGAAUCAAGAAUUUUAUAAUGCGGUCAAGCCAUAUCGUAAACGAAAUAAACAUUCGUGGACCCGAGAAGAAGAACAGACUUUACCAAAACUAAUUAAAAAUCAUGGAAUUAAAAUAGCUGCCGAAAUGUUGAAUCGGUCUAAAAGGUCACUAUAUUCCCAUUAUAGGAACAAAGAACAUUAUUGUGAUUCGUUAAUGAAUAUACAGGAGAAAUCGAAUACGAUUUCGAAGAAAUUUCAAAAGGUUUCGGAUGUUGGCGUUGCGAAAGAUAUAGAGACUUCGUGGAUAAGAAAUUUGGAUGAAAGCUCUACAUAUAAAUCAAGUUUACAACGAUGCAGAAUAAAUUGGCAGCAGCUUUGUUUACAAAAUUGA